AUGUUGCUGCGCCCCCCCCCAGCGCCACCAAACUUCCCGUGGCACGUCUUCCCUCUCAAUGUCGAGUGGGCGAUCGCCUACGGUUCGUCUUUCUUCUCGCAGUGCCCUCGCUCGCUGCAGUCAGCUCCCGCAGGGAUGCCGUUGUCUGCUUGCGCCCCCGUGCCAGGUCACUGUCCCAAAACGGGGCGGCCCUUGUCUUCUUCCGCCGUCAACUGCCCAUCAUCGGCCCAGCCUCUGUCACCGUCGUGCCGUGAUUACCUGCUGCUGGUCCCCGCGGCCGGCGUCCAGGCAUUCCACCGCGAAAAUCUCCGCACUCAACCACACCAUUAUUCGUGGCCUUUCCGGCUGGCUGGCGCAGAAGCUGUCGCGCGCUACCAGCGACUAGGUCAGGGCGUUGAGGUUUUCUACAACACACUUGUUCGGCUGCCUCCUGAUGGACAGCUGGCCAAGUAUGGCGUGGCAGCCGUGGAGGACAUCCAGAACGAGCUUACGGACUGGACGUCGCUGUUUUUCAGCGGCAGGCUUCACAAGCCGGUGCACUUCUUCUCUUCGAAAGGCCUACAGGUGACUGAGGCCCCCUUUUGGCAUCACUUGCAAGCAAACCGCUUGAGCGCACUCCGCGCCGCGAUUUUGUUGCAGGCGAAAUCUGUGUUUCCGUUCAAAGACCUCCUCCAUGCAAUUUGUGGUCUGUCGUACACAGGAGAUAUUCGUAUGGCCUUUGUGGAGAACCCUCGGAAACUCUCUAACCUGGUGUCUGGGCAGACCGUACAGCUCUUCUCUCUAUAUUAUCCUCUUCUAGCGCGCAUUCCCGAACUCCGUCUGCUAACACAAACUAGUUCGGAGCAGCUCACCGCGGUCUGCCGCAUGUGGCAUCCAGACGGGCCUGACGCCGUCUCCGCUGGAUUGCUUGAAGUCGAUACCUCAGUACUGAAGUUCCGACCAUAG